CCACCACCAUUCUUUUUAAUCUUUUGUGUAUUGCUGUGAUUUCUGUGCUCUUUAAAAUUCAUAAUUCGUUAUUUAAUUCAACACCGCUAAACCUCUAUAAAAGUCACAACAACUAUCGCGAGAUAUCUAAUUUUCUUCUUUGUGGUCUGUUGUGUUCCGUCGACUAAACAGUUAUGUGAUUGUGAGUACGGUUUUAGUUUUGAAAUCAAUAAAUUCGUAUGUUUUUGAAGCAGUGAUUAUAAUCAUGUCCACAAUGCGAGUGGGUCGUGUUUCAAAGCACCGGAGGAGCCACCGCGUGAAGAGCCGAGCAGCGCUGAGAAUGAUGGCCAUAAUGCAAGACAGAAAUAGCGAAGAAGUACCCAAGGAAUUUCUGGAGACAGGCCGCACGGGGCGUCGGAAUGCGAUGCCGGACAUAUUGCACCCUCAGGGCGCGGAGGUCACCACCUCCGAUCUGCCCUCAAGGCUGCAGCAGCUAGUUACGACUGACCUCGACCCGCAGCCGGGCACCUCGAAAACUGAUCUCGACGUGAAAAAAGUAGACGAACCGCCGGCGAAAAAGGACAGCUGCAGUUGAGCUGUCUCUCUCACUCACAGUCCCCGGACUAACACUGGACUUGCCCAAAGCUUAAGUAAUCUCAAUCAGGUAAAUAGUAUUACUAAGCACUGAGUACUGUAGCCCCACCUUAAUUUAGGUAUGGUGUACAAAAUAGCUUUCUAUGUCAUGGUGAGAAGGUAGAUUUUGCAGUGAAUGAAACUAGAAUAUUAGGUAACCUCAUAGGGGCUCGAAGUCGAAUUUAAAUUAAUGAUGUAUGUUAUAGCAUUUUGUAAGAAUUGUAAGUCAUAGACGUGUAAGUUUUUGGAAGUUUUUAUUGAAGGUUGGAUGUAUGGAAAUUGAAAAGUAAAUGUUAUCUAAGGUCGUAGACACCAGUGUCAGUCAUUUUUGUUUUAGUUGCCAUCAGAAUGUCAUUCUUCUUCUUCAAAGACAGAGGCUACCAAUUCAUAUCACUGUUGACAGUCAUUAAGUAUUGAUUUUGGAAAAUGUUCAAAUAAUGUUAGACUUUUAAUGAUUGAAUGGUGUCUACCACUUUAUUGUAUGUGACUGUCUUACUUAAGUCUGUAUUGUAUCAAUCGGAAUACCGCUAUUAGUUUUUCUUCAUUUUAUAUUUAAGGACUGUCAAAUAAAUGAUGUACACACUUAAAUAUUCCAACGCUUUCAUGAAUUGGAUUCAACAAGCUAUAACUUUGCUUCAUUCGGCCCUAGUUUUUUUUAUAACAUUUUAUGACAUACAGUCAGCGUCAAAUAGUUCGUGACACCGAAAGUAGCCAAAAACUCGCAAUACGCAUUUGUUGCAAUUGGAAUAAAAUUGUGUUAUCAACUUUUUGGCCAUUUUUGAUGUCACGAAGACACGAACUAUACUCAACAUCAAAUAAACCGCACCUUCCGCGACGCGAACUUUAAAGAUUUUCUUCUGACACAAUCAUGGUGCCCUAACAAUAUUGGUGUUAUUUGAAAGCCCAAUAAAUAUCCUUAAAGAAAAACACAUUUAAUUUCUUAAUAAAUGAUUAACAUAUACCAUAAAUGUGUUUUGAAAAAAGACCUCACUUUGGGCUCUCCUCUGGGAUCAAUUAGACCAAUUUUUAUGGUUUUUUUUUUUUUUUUUAUGUGAUAGGAGGCAAACGAGCAAACGGAUCACCUGAUGGUUAUAAAACCAAAUAAUGAUCUCACGUGUCCUCUUUAUCAGAUUGAUAGCGAUUAAGUUAGGCUUAACAGUUUUAUAGCCAUAAAAGUUGGCUCAAGCGUAACUACCUGUUUUUUGAAGAAGUGACUCUGGAUCCUUCUAAGGACACAUUUUCGGGGUAAAAUCCUUUCCUUUAAUGAAAUAAUAUAUAUAAUACACCAAUAAUAACUAAUAUUGGUGGGAAGUGGGGAUGCAUACGUUUGAAAGUGCUUGUCGCGGGAGGUGCGAUUUAUUUGAUGUCGAGUGUAUUUGACGCUGAUUGUACAUGAGAGAGGCUAAAGAUGUGAAGAGUUAAAAGUAAUAUCUAAUUUGAAAUGACAUUGGUAUGAACUCUAGUUUAUAAAGUGAACAACGGACUCAAAAAUUAUCAGUAAAAUGCAAAAAAAUGUAAAUAAAAAAGCUAAAAACAAGAAAAUAAGAAUCUCUUUUGACUCUACUCUAUGGCCUCUAUAUUUAUUAACUAACAUUAUUUAAUACUUAGCCCCGUAUUAUAAAAUGACACUAACUUAUAAAUCUACACUGUGAUUGGUUCAGUUAUCAUGAAAACAGUCACAAGUUCGAAUCUAAUUGAAUUUGGGUUGAAUUUUGUGUAUCGUUUCAUAAUAUGGGCCUCAAUAUUUAUUAUCUGAACUUUUGUGAUUUUGUCGCAGCUCGUUUUUUCAUACUUUUGUCCAAAAUAAAAGUUAUGUACACAUUCUAGUUAUAAUUGUGUUCCUAUUUAUUAGACACAAACGUACGCUUAGUUAUUUUAACGUAAUUUAUUCAAUAAUACGUAAGUUAAUUAUAAUUACUUUGUUUGCGAGUACAAUUUUGUUUUGAUUGUUAGGGCGAGAGUACAUUCUGGUGCUUACAUUUUUAAGUUUUAUUUAUUAUUGUUAUGUGUAUUAUGAAUAUACAAAAAAUGGAUUUCGAAAUAACGCGUGAUAAUUAGGUUUUGUCAAUAAAAAUGCAUGUUUAAAAGCACUUUUUUCUGUGAUAGUUCUUAUUGAUUUGAUCUAUCAGUCGUUUAAUUGAAUCUGAAUUUAAUUAUUGUUUAGUCAAAUAAUUGAGCUGUCAAAUGGAUGCAAGAUAACACACCACAUACCAAUAUUAUAUUAGACAAUCGAUUUUUCUAUAAUUCUCGUGAAAAUACAAGAUUUUUGGUUCGUGGAUGUGCUUGAAAGAAAUGACGCUAUACAACAAAAGAAUUGCUAUUAUGCUGCUAUCACCAGCUGUCGUAUAGAGAUCGAUGUAUAAAAUGUUCAUAGUGGGCGCCUUCAAAUUAGAUAUCAGGGCGUUUGGAUUGAAUGUUGGAAUCUUUAUUUAAUUUACGAUUUUGAUCCAAUACAAAUAAGGUAGUUGUUUUGCAAUCUAACUAAUCUAAUAACUGUAUCUUAAUAGCAUCAAAAUCCGAUUGGAAAAGCUUUUUCAUGCUGUUCAAGCAUCUAAUUUGAAGACGCCUUAAUUUUCUUUAAUUCUGGUCCUGAUAACGCUAACUAACAAUAGAAACUGCAAACACUUAUGCCCAAUGUAAACGCUUUGUAAAUUAAGUUAAGCUUUUAUCUAUCCUUCUCAUUCUGUAAGAGAAUGAACGUGAUAGAUGAAGUUAUCAAACAGGUUUAUAAUUUGAGGCUGUUUAGUGGCUUUAUGAUUAUUUAUUAAUUAAAUUAUAGAUAUUAGUUAGUCAAUGGAUACGUAAUUUUAUCGGCACAUAUCUUUUUCUCUUUCACUUAGUACAAAUAGAUAUUUUUUGUCUUUUGCGUUUUAUGUUUAAUUCAUAAGUCUUGUGUUGUCAGCUGAUUGUCAGUCAAUUUAUACUAUUUAAUUAACUGUCAAACUUUCAGUAACUCUGAUAUGAUUUCUGAUCUAUUGAGGAAGCUAUUUUAAAAUAUUGUUUCACUAAAAAUACUGGUAAAAACUAAUGUUUCAAAGUAUAAAUUGACGUGUGUGUGGCUAAUAGUCAAUCAGUGUAAAAAGACUUACAAAUAUGUUAUAAUUUAUCUCAGAUGGCAGAACAAUAUAUUUAGCAUGCAUAAAUUAAGAAGAAACCAGCUAAAAUGGUUGCUAAUGUUCGUGUGUACAAAAUGUAAACGUUCCUUCGAUACUGACUGUACUUACUAUGUGGAUAACGUUCAGAGUAAAUACAAAGGAGUAGGUCAUCUUCAUAGAAACGCAAUUAGGCGCAACACCCCGCUAAUCCACGCUAAAUUUUGUCAGUGUGUGCGUGCGCGCCGUAUACGUAUUGGCACGCUCACAUACCUAAAACCGCGCUCGGUGCGUUUCUAUGAAGAUGACCUACUCAUUUGUAUUUACUCUGAUAACGGCCAUGGUGUUACGAUUUGUGAUAAAUACAGACGAGUAUACUAGUGAAGUUUGUAUAGGUCACGUGAUCGAGUCGGUAAUCGAAAUAUUUUCCGAAAAAUAGCGCGUUCACGUACAAAAUAAAUGCCAUCAAUUUAUAAGCUAAGCUCGAGGUUUCCGUUGAAUCAUAUCUUUCUCUUAAGCUGACUUAUCGCACCACGAAUUAGAUACAUACUCUAAAAUGUUUAAAUGAGUCGCUUUUAUUCUUAAAGUGCGUUAUGACGUCACUUCAAUACACUAAAGGAGAGUGCUUGCAUAUGACACGCCUGUGUCGGUUCUAUCUUAAUUUUACUUUCCAUUUAUCACUGUGGCAAAUCGUAACACCAUGUAUGCGCUGGCCUGCAAUGUUAAUGCACAAACUAACGAAAAAUCAACGCAUCUACGUGUUGCCUUAUUAUCUUCCUAAUCAUCGAAUGAUUCAACGUUCUUCGGGGCCUAUUCGGUGUUCUGUGUUAGAGUGUGUACCUGUCCUUAGUAUACGCUGGGCUGCUAGGUAACGAAUAAAUUAGGAAAAUGUACUAUAAUGACUGGCCGAAAAUAUUUAUUUGUUGGUCCCUUUACCUUGUAUUGAAAGCGUUUGAUAACGAAAUAAAUUCAUGUUAUUCUAGUAACCCAGCUUUGUAAUUAUACUAAACAUUUAAGUGACAAGUACCUAAUUGGAGAUACCGAAAACAUAGGUCUUUGUGAAAAAUACUUGUGAGAAGACAUGAUUCAUGUACAUAUCCACAUCUCACUCGCUCACUAUAAUAUAAGAGCGAGACGAGAAUACAGGCGUUGGAGUUUCUAAUCUUAUUCUCUGUCAAACAAGAGAUAUACUUGUCACUUCUUGUAUAAAAAUGUUAUUUAUACGGUCAAUUGUGUAUAGUAAACGUAGAAUUUGUGUACACCAAUCAUAGCCUAAGCCAGGUGAAACUGUUACAAACAAAUGAUGUCGUCAUUGGUAACUACGUUGAAGGAAUCAUACCAAAAGGGUGCGGUAAAUUGCAUUUUUUAUCAUUAUUUUACUAUGGAAAAGCCAUGGGUUAACAUCUAUAUUUUAUGAAGCAAUUUUCUACAGUGAGCCCCCUUUAGUACGAUUCCUCUAUGGUAUAACGUAACUGCUUAGCAAGGCAUUAUCAUAACAACUACGCCACACUACGCUUACUUAUUAAAGCAAUUUCUACUGAAAAUAUCCGCCGUGUUUAUUUUUGAGUAGGUAUAUUGACGAAGCUUUUGACUGGGUGAGCUGGCUUAUUAUGUAACGCACUAGAUUAUUGGUUCCCAAAGUGGGGAGCUCAAAGACCUUUAAAGGGGGCGCAGGCCAUCUGUGUACGUAAGUAUAAAAACCUGCGACCGCUGAGAGAAUGCAUUCCGGACUGCUCGAUACGACCAAUAAAUAACCUUGACUGGAGGAGGAUUUUUUUGCAUGGUCGAAAGGGGGCGCGUCUUAAAUAAGUUUGGGAACCAAUGCACUAGAUCAGUGGUUCUCAACCGGUGGUCCGCGGACCACUGGUGGUCCCUGGAGACAUUCCAAGUGGUCCACGAAGUGCACUUGCUGCACACCUUGGUUAAAACCACUUUUAACUGAUUUUUGCAGUUAAACUGGUUUUGACCGAUUAUGAGGUGGUCCCUGACAAGACAGAAAUUUGGUAAAAUGGUCCCUCAUGACUUAAAGGUUAAGAACCACUGCACUAGAUAGACUAGAUCCAGUUGUGGUAUAGGAUAGAAUAGAAUGUAAUGGCAUUGCCCUGAAAAUGAAUUCUGGAAAAUGGCGUUGGUGAAGAAUUUUGGCGUAAUUUAAAUGGCUCACAAAUGGUAAUGCCUUGCUAAAUAGAUCAUGGACCUGAUGUAAACUUGUGUAAUAUUUGUAAGACUUGUGGACGAUGAUGCUUACUUAUACAUGUCAUUGUACAUUAUACAUAUCUCGUGUAUAUAACAUAGUCCCAGGCCUUAAUCUGCGAUAUACACUUUGAACUCGAUCUUAUUCUUGUCAAUUACCCUCUAAGGAGUUCCUGUAGAAAUUACUAGAUCUAUCCGUAGUUCUGAACCAUUUUGAAUGUGUAGAAGUUCAUAAUUAUUCACAAUAGUGCGAGAUAACAAACCGCGCUGAAGCAAGACUUUCCUAGGCGGAGAGAGGCCAAUGAGGGUUUUCGCGAAUGAAAGAUCCGCUAGGUGGCGGGACGUGGAUGUGGGGUCUGACUGCUGCGUGAUUGGUGGAUUUUGACAUAUUAUUAUCUGUCAAUGUCAUGUCAAAAAUAACCAAUCAUGCAGCAUUUGGACCUCGCGUCUACGUAUUGCCAUCUGGCGGAUUUUUCAUUCGCGAAAACCCUCAUUAGAAUCAGGCAAUCUCCUGUACCUAUGUGACAGCAGUAAACAACUAACAUGACGUAGUAAACUUAUUGCAAGUUGAGACCAAUCUGUGGCAUUUACAAGAUUGCUGAAUUCUAUUGAUGCCGACUGUAAACAGCUUAGGCGAUAUCAUAAAGGCAUUAACAUGAGGAACUAAAAUUAACGAAUAAUUCUAACGUCUGAGUCCGCUGUCUUGCAAUAUGUGCCUCAACCAGACAGCGAUGUCAUAAUAAUAUAACUCUAAUAUAAACCCAUUUCAAGAAUGUAAAAACUAUGUAUUUCUUACUAUAACUUUCUAGAACUAUUAAGGAUAAGGCAAGGUUCUAUAAACAUCUCUGAUUUUUCGUGAAUACCUACCCGUUAUAAAUAAACUUGUUUAUUUUUAACACAAAUGUAGAGAAAACAUAUUUUUGUUAACAAGUAGGAUCAAAAGUAGCUAAAUGCUGCUUGAGCAGAUAAUAAGUGCAAUCCAAUGUCUCCUAAUCUGUUUAUGUGUAGGGUUCAACUUGGCUUGUACUUAAUAUUUGCUCUAGGACAGUUUAUACCGGAGAAUGAGUUAAAAUACGCAUGGAAUGUUUUAUUAAACACACACAUUAUUGACUGGUGCAUCAAAGAAUACAUAGUAUCAACAUGUAAGUUAGCCUGAGGAUAGUUUUAACGAAUUUGUAUCGUUUUGUAUCUAGUUUGUGGUCCAAACAAACAGAGAAUAAAACUUAAAAAAUA